AUGACUGGUAAGGUCAUAAUCGUCACUGGGGCCUCCUCGGGGUUGGGAUUUGAAAUUAGCAAAUAUUUGGCGGAAGGUGGGAACGAUGUGGUGCUUGCCUGCAGGGACAAAGAGAAAGCAGAAGAUGCUGUCACUAAAAUAAAAACACAAUAUCCGUCUGCUCUUGUCCAAUCAAUGGAGUUAGAUCUCUGUUCCUCAUCUUCCAUAAGAAAUUUCUCAAAAGAAUUUAUGAGAAGCAAACGAAAGCUCAACGUACUGAUCAACAAUGCCGGGGCAUUCGUAAAGGGCAAAAAUCAUUCGCCUGAACUCACGUCUGAGGGAUUAGAGUGCAACAUGUCAUCUAAUUAUUUUGGUCACUUCCUGUUGACCCAUUUAUUGCUGGACUACCUUUCACAAACGGCCACCAUUGAUGAAGAAAGCCGCAUCAUAAACAUCACGUGCAGAUCUCACAACAAGAUAGGCAGAUGGUACCAAAAAGAUUUAGAGUCUUUGGACCCGAACAACAUGCAACUACUGAAGAUGGAUACAUACACAGACAAGCAGGCAUACAAAAACUCCAAACUAUGCAGCGUGCUCUUCACGUACAAGCUUGCUGACGAGGUGAAGGCUGAGAAUGUCACUCCUGGGAAGUAUUACAAGAACGGCCGUCCGUCAAGGUCAUCCCUGGAAUCGUACGACCUUGAACUUCAGAGGUCGCUGUGGAAAAACUCUUGCAAGGUCACAGGCAUCAGAGGAAGUAUGGCGGCCGGAGCCGCCUUCGAUAACCUCAGCCUGAAGGAUUGA